UAGGCCAUCACACCAGAGAUAAAUUUUGAGCGGGCCUGAAUUCCCUCCUCACUCUCACAGCUGCUGGGACCGACAGAGCCUGCUCACACACGAGGACAAGACCAAAGUGGGCAAAAUGGUUAAAGUUGGCAUCAAUGGAUUUGGCCGCAUUGGGCGUUUGGUGACCCGUGCUGCCUUCACAUCCAAGAAGGUGGAGAUUGUAGCAAUCAAUGAUCCCUUCAUUGAUCUGGAUUACAUGGUUUACAUGUUCAAGUAUGACUCCACUCAUGGAAAGUACAAGGGUGAGGUGAAGGCUGAGGGUGGCAAGCUGAUCAUUGAUGGACAUGCCAUUAAGGUUUUCAGCGAGAGGGACCCAGCCAACAUUAAAUGGGCUGAUGCUGGUGCUCAGUAUGUUGUGGAGUCUACUGGUGUUUUCACCACUAUUGAGAAGGCCUCUGCUCAUUUGAAAGGUGGUGCCAAGAGAGUCAUUAUCUCUGCCCCCAGUGCUGAUGCCCCAAUGUUUGUCAUGGGUGUCAACCAUGAGAAAUAUGACAAGUCCCUUGCAGUAGUCAGCAAUGCCUCUUGCACUACCAACUGCUUGGCACCUCUGGCCAAGGUCGUCCAUGAUAAAUUUGGCAUCAUUGAGGGCCUUAUGAGCACUGUUCAUGCAAUCACAGCCACCCAGAAGACAGUUGAUGGUCCCUCUGGUAAGCUGUGGAGGGAUGGCCGUGGUGCCAGCCAGAAUAUUAUCCCAGCCUCCACUGGCGCUGCCAAGGCUGUGGGAAAAGUCAUUCCUGAACUCAAUGGCAAGCUGACUGGAAUGGCCUUCCGUGUCCCCACUCCCAAUGUGUCAGUGGUUGACUUGACUGUUCGUUUGGAGAAGCCUGCCAAGUAUGAUGACAUUAAGAAAGUGAUCAAGGAAGCCUCUGAGGGGCCCAUGAAGGGCAUUCUGGGAUACACAGAACACCAGGUGGUGUCCACAGACUUCAAUGGUGACUGUCGCUCCUCCAUCUUUGAUGCUGGUGCUGGAAUUGCCCUCAAUGAUCACUUUGUGAAGCUGGUGACAUGGUAUGACAAUGAGUUUGGCUACAGCAACCGUGUCUGUGACUUGAUGGCCCACAUGGCUUCCAAGGAGUAGAUAUGACCUUUUGACAUGAUUUGAAUGUUCUCCCUCAUUACAGCUGCCUGAAGUGCCAUACUUUAAAGACCAAUUUUUUAUAUGGAAAUGCCCUGUUCUGUUUCUGUGUGAGGUUGAAGUGGAUACUGAAAUGUUGAAGGCAUCUGUCUUUCAACCUGUGACCUGAAUAAAGUCAUCUGCUGUGAAUUAA